UGACGCGAGGUCCAAACAAAGCCAUGGCAGAGAAUGAGAAAUGCAAGGAUCCUGCAGAGAAGCAAGGGAGACUGACCACAGUCCUGGCACUGUCCACGCUGAUAACUGCAUUCGGAUCAUCGUUCCAGUAUGGGUACAACGUGGCAGUGAUCAACUCCCCGGCACCGUACAUGCAGGAGUUUUACAACACCACCCACAUGGAGCGCUACAAGACUGAGAUGGGCCAGAACUUACUGACUCUGUUGUGGUCUCUGUCCGUCUCCAUGUACCCUCUUGGAGGCUUCUUCGGUUCUCUGAUGGUGGCUCCUCUUGUUAACCACCUAGGAAGGAAAGGCACCCUCCUCUUCAAUAACAUCUUCUCCAUCGUACCUGCUGUAAUGAUGGGCGCCAGUGAAGUCGCUAAGUCCUACGAGAUCAUCAUCGUGGCUCGGUUCAUUGUAGGCAUCUGUGCAGGUCUCUCAUCCAACGUGGUCCCAAUGUAUCUCGGUGAACUUUCUCCCAAAAAUCUGAGGGGAGCUCUUGGCAUCGUCCCACAGCUGUUCAUCACUAUUGGGAUUUUAAGCGCCCAAGUCCUGGGCAUUAGAAACAUACUGGGCAACAACGAAGGCUGGCCUCUUAUGCUGGGUUUAACCGGCAUUCCCGCUUUGAUCGAGCUCCUGCUGCUUCCCUUCUUCCCAGAAAGCCCGAGGUACAUGCUCAUCCAGAAGGGGGACGAGAAGAAAGCAAAGAAGGCCUUACAGCGGCUGCGCGGCUGGGAUGACGUGGAUGCUGAGAUGACAGAGAUGCGUCUGGAGGACCAGUCGGAGCGGGCCGAGGGCCGCCUGACGGUCUUCUCCCUGCUCUCCCAGCGCUCUCUCCGCUGGCAGCUGAUCUCAGUUGUCGUCAUGAACAUGGGUCAGCAGUUGUCGGGGGUCAACGCGAUCUACUACUACGCAGACAGCAUUUACUCCUCUGCAGGAGUAAACGAGAACGAUGUUCAGUUUGUCACAGUGGGAACAGGAGCAGUGAAUGUGGUCAUGACUGUAGCAGCUGUCUUCAUCGUAGAGAAGUCAGGCAGACGGCUCCUCCUCCUCUUGGGUUUUGGGAUCUGCUGUGUAGCGUGUGUUCUUCUGACCAUGGCCCUCAGCCUCCAGGAAAGUGUGUCGUGGAUGCCGUACGUCAGCAUCGCGUGUGUCAUCGUCUACGUCAUGGGCCACGCCAUCGGACCCAGUCCAAUCCCCAACGUGGUGACCACCGAGAUGUUCAGGCAGUCCGCCAGGUCUGCAGCAUUCAUGGUGUCCGGCUCUGUUCACUGGCUGUCCAACUUCACCGUCGGCCUCGUCUUCCCCUUCAUGGAGAGAGGCCUGGGCCCUUACAGCUUCAUCGUUUUCGCCGUCAUCUGUCUGCUCACCCUGGUUUACGUCUGGGUGGUGGUGCCAGAGACCAAGAAAAAAACCUUCCUGGAGGUUUCCCAGAUGUUCGGAAAGAGGAACAAAAUAGAGAUCAAGCUGGGUGACAGCGAUCUGCCCCUGAAAGACAGCAAAGAAAUCCCGGAGGAUCCGGAGAAGGUCACAGCAUUCUGAAAGGAGAGGAAGCCUUUGAUGCAGAGGGGGGGAGUGAAGGGUUUAGUUUUUCUAUUCUGUGUCUUUUGAGAAGUUUUAACAGAGUCUUUAUAUACGUGUUUGUAUCUUUGAAUCUUGUUGUGCAUGUAAAUUAAAAUUCAUAAGAUAGUAGAGGUGAAUGAACGUAUGUGUGAGUUAAGAGUCUUUUAAGCCUUUAUUGUUGAUUCAUAUAUGCAAAUACAUGGAUGAAGCUGUGAAAUACAUUUAAAUAUAAAACCUGGUGUCUGAGAAGCACUUUAUUCUACAUGACCUACAUCUACAGCCCCACUAUCAGCAGUAAUAAUCCCAUGCAGCAUUUAAAGCUCAUAAAACAACA